GCCACCAUUCCAAUGACGGAGGUCACCCGAAACAGUAUACCAUAUUGCUUCAUGUCCGGCAUUGCCAAGAACGACGCUUGCGAAGUUCCUCCGAGUCACUUUGAUUGAUCACGAGUCCUAGAAUUCCCUUCCUCUUCGGUCGUCCUGUCAUGAAGCAGCGCUGGAAUCGAACUGCCUAUAAGUCGGACGUUUCGUUUCUCACAGCCCUCUCUACAUUUCCCCAUCUUUCCCGCCCUAGCAAAUUUAUCGCUAUUCUUCGAGCGGUAAAGGCGUCCAGACAGAUGAUGUGGGAUUUGAGCGGCGGGGCUGCGUAUGCCCCAAAUACAAAUGGAUAUAAUCAGGCACCUGUCUAUUCUGGAGGAUCAUCGUUUCCCAUGCCUGAGCCAGCGCCGACACCGGUACCUUUCAUGCCCAUUGGUGCCCCAGGUACUCCACUAGGAUCUCCCAUUUACUCACCUGCCCCAGCUUGGGCUUACGCAAACCCACCCUUUUAUGCCGAACGUUCAGCAGCUGCAGAUUAUGCAAAGCAGUACCAAAGUUCCCCUAACUCACAUUCGCACCAGACAUCGCAUACGAGUCAUAGGCACAGGCCACACUCUUCUAAAUCACAUAGACAUAGACCUCCUUCGACUCCCGGGGAAGCAUCACAUCAUCCUCAUACGAGUCACGCUACCGGAGGUCACGCCGACAGUUAUUUCCAGUAUUCGAAGUGUACGGGCAGACGAAAGGCGCUUUGUAUCGGCAUUAAUUAUCGCGGCCAGCCGUUUGAAUUGUACGGCUGUGUGAACGACGCAAACAACGUUCGUCGUUUCCUCACCCGAUAUUACCACUACAAAGACGAGGAUAUAGUACUGUUGACUGAUGACUCCACCAAUCCUAGAGCGCUCCCAACUAAAGCAAAUAUCAUCGAUGCUAUGAAAUGGCUUGUCUGUGACGCUCAGCCAAACGAUUCUCUAUUCUUUCACUACUCUGGUCAUGGAGGUCAGGUUAAAGACAUUGAUGGUGAUGAGGUAGACGGCUAUGAUGAAGUCAUAUUCCCGUUGGACUAUAAGAAUGCAGGUUACAUUUUAGACGAUCUCAUGAAUAGCACCAUGGUAUCACCUCUUCCUGCCGGAUGUCGACUUACGGCAUUAUUCGAUUCAUGUCACUCAGGCUCGAUGUUAGAUCUUCCUUACCUAUAUCAUACCGAUGGACGUGUAAAGGGCGGUCAAGUCAGCCCCAGUCAUGUGAAACGAAAAGGAUCUCAUGCCGACGUGAUUUCUUGGGGUGGAUGUAUGGACUCCCAAACCAGCGCCGAUACAUUCGAAUCUGGUGCUGCGGCAGGGGCGAUGAGUUAUGCGUUUAUGACUGUACUGAAACAUAAUCCGAAUCAAUCAUAUCAAGAAUUCCUGAGAUCCCUUCGUGCUAUCCUCAAGAAGAAGUAUAGCCAAAAGCCACAGCUAUCCAGCUCCCACCGCAUCGACUCGAACCUGCAAUUCAUCAUGUAAACUGAACCAACUAUUCUAUACCAUGUCCUAUUUUAUUGUGCCUGCAUUGAUGUCGUGGCCAAGCGGCGGCUUUCAGAUCAUGUAUAUAUAUAUAUCCACUAGUUUCUUAUAAUUAACAUCAGCAUGUGAUGGAUCGAUCC